UCUCUAUCUCUUUCUGUGUCUUUCAAACUAAAAAAAAUCAGUUCAAAACAAGAAAAACACGGCACGACACGAGCUUCAUGAACACCGCCGGCGAGACGCAUCACUAGCGGAAGAACUUCCGGCGGCGGCGGCGGCGGAGACACGGCACGGCACGGCACGGCACGGAAGAGGAGGAGGAGGAGGACGAAUUGUUCCCGAUGACGGAUCUCGAGAGCCCGCACGCGAUGCCCCGGCUCAUCGCCUUCCUCUCCUCGCUGCUGCAGAAGGCGGCGGAGUCCAACGACCUGGACCGCCAGAUCCACCAGCAGCCCCAGAGGAUCUCGGUCUUCCACGGCCUGACGCGGCCCGCCAUCUCGAUCCGGAGCUACCUGGAGCGGAUCUUCAAGUACGCCAACUGCAGCCCCUCGUGCUUCGUGGUCGCCUACGUCUACCUCGAGCGGUUCGCGCAGCGGCAGCCGACGCUCCCGCUCAACUCCCUCAACGUCCACCGCCUCCUCAUCACCAGCGUCAUGGUCGCCGCCAAGUUCUUGGACGACAUUUACUACAAUAAUGCCUACUACGCAAAAGUGGGUGGGAUCAGCACGAUGGAGAUGAACUUCCUGGAAGUGGACUUCCUAUUCGGCCUGGGGUUCAACCUCAACGUGACGCCCAGCGCAUUCCAAACCUACUGCUCCUAUCUGCAGCGCGAGAUGAUGUUGCAGCAGUGCCCUCUCGGCGCGGUGGAAGACGGCAGGUCGCAGAAGCUCCACCUCAUCUGCUUUAACGAAGAUGAAGCUUCCCAUCAAAAGCAAGAAUUAGCUGUCUAGUUCUUUCUCUUUUUUUUCUUUUUUAAUUUCUUUUUUUUUUGGGGUGUCAGCAAUUAACGUGUUAAUUAGACUGUGAGGAGGAAACGCUCUCUGUUUCUUUCUUAUUUGGGUUAUUUUUUUAGGCCUUUUUUUUCUUUUUUGAGGUUUUCUUUGUUGGUUUUUCGGAUAUUUCAAAGGACAAAUGAUUUUGUACAGAUCGAAGACUCCUCUUCUUCUUCUUUACAGCCUGGCUAAUGAAGUCUUCUUCUUCCAUUUCUAAACCCCAGAA